AUGGACAAUGCGUGCUUCGCGUGGGCGGUGGUCGCUGCUUUGUACCCCGCGAAAAGAAACACGGAACGUGAAUCGUCGUAUCCGCAUUAUUCCAAAGUGCUCAACUUCGCGGAUAUCGAGUUUCCGGUAACGCUCAAGGACGUUGCGAAAUUCGAGCGGUCGAACGAUAUCUCGAUUAACGUGUACGGCAUCGAGGACGGGAACGUCUUCCCUCUGCGGCUCACUGACUGCAAGAGGGACAGACACGUCAACCUCCUGUACGUGCAAGACGGCGACGGUCACUUCGUGUGUAUCAAACAUCUCUCCCGCCUCGUGAGCGCGCAGAUUAACAAAUAUGGGCACAAGAAAUACUUCUGCGACCGGUGCCUCCACUACUUCUCCUCCAACGAGAAACUGGAGAGGCACAGCGAGGACUGCCAAAAGCUCAACACGUGCGCUAUCCGCCUACCGAGCACAGACGACAAAUGGCUAGAGUUCCGCAAGUACUGCAGGAAGGAGCGGGCACCGUUCGUGGUAUACGCCGACCUAGAGUGUGUGCUGAAGAAGACGGAAGACGCUGCUGCUGCUGGGUCGUCGUACGCGUACCAGCGGCACGAAGCGUUCAGUAUCGCGUACUACGUGCACUGCUCGUACGACAGCGCGUUAUCCGAGUACAGAUGUCGGCGGGGCAACGACUGCGUCAGUUGGUUCGCGAGCCAGCUAGAGGCUUUGGCGCACCGCGUGAAAAAUAUAAUAACGACCAACCGGCCCAUGGACUUCACGCGCGACGACUGGCGGAGAUUCGACGCACUGCCACAUCUGCGAGAGGCCGAAAUAGCGACGCGAUUCCAGGGACAGGUGGAUCUACUUCCCCUGACCAAGGAGAAGUACAUCUCCUUUACGAAACACGUCAAAGACACCAGUGACAAAGACUCGCGAAAGAGCGUGAAACUACGGUUCAUAGACUCGUAUAAGUUUCUGAGUGCGGGUCUGGACAAAUUGGCGUCGUACCUCGACAAGGACAAACUGAAAAUCGUGCGUUCCGAAUUUUUGGCUCUAUCGGACGAAGACUUCGAUUUGCUCACUCGUAAAGGGGUGUUCCCCUACGAGUACGUGGACAGCGUAGAGAGACUGAACGAUACGCGCUUGCCGCCGCGCGAAUCGUUCCACAGCUCGCUGACGGGCGAUACGGUGUCCGAGAGCGAUUACGCGCACGCCGAGAACGUGUGGCAGCGGUUCUCCGUGCGAACGCUCGGCGAGUACAGUGAUCUCUACUUAAAAACUGACGUCCUGUUGUUGGCCGAUGUGUUUGAGAACUUUCGAGACAGUUGCGAGUUACGGACUCGAUCCCGCGCAUUACUACACCCUGCCCGGUUUCACGUGGGACGCGAUGCUUAA